AUGGCUGAACUACCGGCAAACGAUACCAUGCCAUCUUAUCGCCAGAAGAUGCAAUCAAUGCUGGAGAGUGGCCGAUUCAGCGACUUCACCCUGGUCGUCGGUCCACCCGGCCAGGAGCAGAAGGAGUUCAACGUCUAUCGUGUUCACCUCUCCGCCUGCUCGCCCGUGUUCAAUGCAAUGUUUAGCAAUGCUAACACCAAGGAGGUACUGGAGAAACGAGCGAUCAUCGAGGAUGUGUCCGCGGCGACGAUGCGCCGCAUGCUCACCUACUUCUACACUGGAGAGCUGAAGUACGAUCUGGAAACGGAAAAGGAGGGCCCUCUCUUUGAGCUUCUCUACGCCGCUGAUAAGUAUCAAGUGAACUUGCUCAAGGCCCAGUGUGAGAUGCUGCUGGGAAACCUGAUCACCGUCAACUCUGUUUUCACCACUCUUCAGUACGCUGAACUGCACAAUGCGCUCACUCUCAAGGAGCGUUGCCUUGACUUUAUUGUCAACAACUCUGAUCGAGUCGUGUCCCGCGACACUGAAUCGGCUUGGGCUCAGUUCGAGGCAGCCGCCCGUCCUGAGCUGCUCAAGGACAUCUUCUACCGAAUGGCCAAAAAGAAAGUCAAUCAAACGAGCAUUGUCGAGAACUCUAAUGCAAUUAGCGAGAGUGUAUCUCAAGUCGAAGAACUUGAUUCGCUAACAGGCCCCAUAUUGUUGUCAUUUUUGCACCGAGUGGCAUAA